GUAGAUAUAUUUCAAUACAAAAUAAUUAUUAUAUGCUGAAUUGUAUUUAUAGGUAAUCGCUGUCAAACUCAAGGUUGAUAUACAUAUAUGUAUAGUUUGUUCGAAUAAUGUAUUAGAUACUACCUAUUUUGUGAGUUCUCUGUGAUUAUACUAUUGAACAAUAAUAUAUAAUUUUUAAAUUGUUCAUGUAAUUUGUUUAGAUUUUUUUCAACUGAUAUUUUUUAUUACUGUAUGAUAUAUAUCACUAGAUCAGUUUACACUGUACAUUAAAUCAAAAUAAAAUAUAGAACAAAUCAUAAACAAUUUCAGGGCUAUAACAGACAACCGUGAGUACCACAUGAACAUAAAUAUUGAUUCUUGUCGUUAAAUAUUGUGCGUGUUUUUGUAUUAAGAAGAUCAGUUUUUAUCUGUUAAAAAUUGAAUUCUCAAGGUCUACGAACUUCCAGCAGAAUAAUGCCAAAUCAAAAAAGGUACAAAUACACAAUAUCCUCAAAUAACGGGAUUCUAUCAUCGGAACAAAGGGAUUUUUUUGAAAUUAAUGGAUAUAUUAUCAUAAGACAAUUGAUAAACGAAACAUUAUUGGAUCGAUUCAAACAAAGAUUCAUCGACAUAUGCGAAGGUAAGGUUAAUCGAGGAGGAAUAACCGUGAUGAAAGAUAUAUCAUCGGUUAAAAUAAAUCGAGAAGCAAUUUCCAAAGAGCGUAUCGUUAAUAAAAUUCAAGACAUAGUAUGGGAUGAUGUAUUCGAACAGUACUUUCUACAUCCAGAAUUACUCGAUUAUGUUCAAUGUUUUACGGGAAACAAUAUAAUGGCAAUGCAUUCAAUGUUAAUAAACAAACCUCCAGACACUGGCUCGAUGACUUCAAGACAUCCAAUGCAUCAGGAUUUACAUUACUUUGCAUUUCGCCCAGCAGACAGAAUCGUAGCAACGUGGACAGCCAUGCAAACGGUCACAAAAGCCAACGGGUGUCUGUUUGUUUUGCCCGGUUCGCAUGUACACCCGGGUAAACUUCUUCCACACGAAUAUCCGGAAUGGAAAGGCGGCGUGAAUAAAGGUUUCCACGGGAUUACCGGGUACGAUAGUCACCAGAAAAAAUAUUUGGAUAUGAAUCCUGGUGACACGGUACUUUUUCACCCAUUACUAAUACACGGAUCUGGACCGAAUACGUCGCAAGAAACAAGAAAAGCAAUUUCUUGUCAUUUUGCAUCCUGUGAAUGCCAGUAUAUAGAUGUGACUGGUACAACGCAACAAAAUAUCGCUAUUGAAGUCAAAGAAAUAGCACGUCGGAGAGGUUUCAAUGACAUGGACUUCAAAGACUUUUGGAAGUUUCGAAGUCGACUUGUACGUGGAUUGAAAAUGCAUUUAUAACGCACCCAAAUUACCUGCGAAUACAUAAUAAAACUAUUUUACAAAAUUAUGUUUAUAGAGUUUUGCCAACAUAAUAUUAUCAUUAUAACAAUUUUAAUAACUUUAUUCAUCACACCUAUCUGCUAUGAUAAUUAUAUACCUACCU